AUAAAAAGAAAACAAACGACAAAUUUAUCUGAGUUAUAUACAUCUAGUAAUUAGACAAACAUACAAAAUCAUAAAAAAAUACUGACAUCAUACUUGUGUCAUGUAGCAGAAACAACUUAUGGAUGAAGCAAACUUGUCUACAGGAGGCAGUUGCAAUGCAACAUAUUCAGAAGAUGUCAUAAACACAGCCUUUGGAAAUUCACAGACUUCUACUAAAGAAAACGAUAAAUACACAAGCUCAAAGACAAUGUGUGAUGAUGAUCCAUGGGGGAAAAAUUUAUUUGAGAACAUGGAGUUUGAUCAGGUGCUUGAUAUAAACAGUUCUUCCACAAAACCAGACAAUGAUCAUAGCAAGAAAACGGACAAUGAUUCAGUUAAAAGCUCAAGUAGCAAAGCAGCUAAUGAGAUUGCAGAAGAGGACACGCAAACAUAAUAUCAGCAGACAAACCUGUGUGAGGAGGAUAUUGAGACAUUUCUGGAGAAUGAAAGUUUCUGACAGAGUAAAUGAACCUGAAGAUUCAGUGUUGGACAACUUGAAACCUGAGGUAGGGAUGACAUUCAAAACAAGAGAAGCCGCCUAGAACUUCUUCAACACCUAUUCAUUUGAAGUUGGUUUCUCGGUUGCAAUAGUAUCUACAUACAGAACUACAAGCAAGAAGAGGAACAAUGAAAUAAUUAGAGUGACUGUCAAAUGCAACAAAUAUGGUCAGAAUACUGACGUAGAAAAGGAACAACUAGUUUCCCAAAGGCAGAGUACAGUCAUAACAAAAACAGAUUGCAAAGUAGAGAUGAUUAUCGGCGAGAGACAAGGUAUCUGGAAGAUCAAAACCUUGUGCCUUGAACAUAAUCAUGCCCUCGACCCACACAGCAGAUUCUUCAGGUCUCAUGCCUACAUGACAAAAGAAGAGAAGGCAAUGAUUAGAUCACUGAAACAAAGUAAUAUACCGACUAGAAAGAUUGUUUCUGUUUUAGCUCACCUCAGAGGAGGAUCAGACCAACUACCAUACAACAAGAAGAAAGUGAGCAAUUACAGCGCAAGCAUAAACAGAGAACUCAAUAACAGUGACAUGAUGGAGGUUUUGACAUUCUUCAGCAAAAAACAGACAGAAGACCCAAGAUUCUACUCUUCGUUUCACAUAGACAGUGAGAACAAAGUGAAAAGUGUGUUUUGGGCAGAUGCUAGAGCAAUAUCAUUCUAUGAGGUUUGUGGAGAUUGUAUUAGCUUUGAUACCACAUACCUAACAAACAAAUACAAUCUACCAUUUCCUCCCAUAGUAGGCAUCUACCACAUGGUCAUACUUAUCUGUUUGAUUGUGCUCUAAUUGGAAACGAAAGAACAAUUACUUUUGAAUGGGUUUUUAGAGAAUUGCUGAAUGCUAUGGGAGGCAAACACCCACAGACAAUAAUCACUGACCAAGAUUCAGCCAUGCAAAAAGCAAUCAAAUCAAUAUUC